AUGCCCCAGUGGUCCAAACUGUGGUGGGAGGCGGGCAUCCCCGAGGGGACGCCGGUGUCCGGCGGGGGGGGCGCGGGGUACCGGGUGAGGGUGACGACGGGGGUCCCAGUGGGUGGGGGGACGAUGGCGGCCGUGACCCUCAGCCUGGUGGGGACGGGGGGAGAGAGCCCCCCCUGCCACCUCGACUGGCCCCUCCAUCACCUGCGCCCCGGCACCACGGUGGUGGCGGAGGUGACGUCGGCGCGGCCCCUGGGGACCCUCCUGCUGGCGCGGCUGUGGAAGGAGCCGCUGGUGUCCCUGGUCCCCGACCGCUGGUUCUGCGCCAACGUCACCGUCACCGGGCCCCUGGGGGACGGGGACGACGGGGGGGGCAAUGACGACGGGGACGGCGAUGGGGGGGACGAUGGGGACGUCCCCAGGGCCACCUUCCCCUGCUACCGCUGGCUGGAGAGCGGCUGCCUGGAGCUGCGGGAGGGCACGGCCCGGACACCGCGUGAGGCCACCUGGGAGCCACAGCUGCUGCAGCAGCGCCAGGAGGAGCGGAGGGAGCGUGAGGAGGCCUUCCAGUGGGCGCCCUACGCCCCGGGGUGGCCCUGGCGGCUGCGGGCGCUGCCCCCCGCCCUCUGCCCCUGGCCACCCCCCCCGCCACCGCCAUCGGCGGCGUCACCGGCGUCACCGUCCCCCCCCCCGGCAGCUGUCCCCCAGCCUGGCCUUUCCCCUGGGACACCGCGCCAGCAUCGCCGCCCGCGCCGCCGCCGCGUCGGUGUCACCGUCACCCCCCCGUGUCCCCCAAGUGUCCCCGAGCGUCCCGGCCACCACCCCACUCUGUCUUUGCGUGUCCCCACUCGUCCCCCACUGGGUCCCAUCAGCCAGGUCCGGGUGCGCCUCCGGGGGCUUCACUGUGGUGGCUCCUGGCGCAGCUUCGAGGACAUUCGGGAGGCGCUGGAGGGGCCCGGGACCCCCAUCAGUGAGUACGUGCUGCAGCACUGGCAGGACGACGCGUUUUUCGGGGCGCAGUACCUGAGCGGGGUGAACCCCGUCCUGCUGCGCCGCUGCUCCCGCCUGCCCCCCAACUUCCCCGUCACCCCCCCCAUGGUGGCACCCAGCCUCGGCCCCGCCACCUGCCUCCAGCGGGAGAUGGAGGGGGGGCGCGUCUUCCUGGCCGACUACGCGCUGCUGGAUGGGCUCCCCACGGGGCGCGUGGGGGGGGAACCCCAAUUCCUGGCCGCCCCCCUCUGCCUGCUCUGGCUCAGCCCCCGCCAGCAGCUCCUGCCCAUCGCCAUCCAGCUGUCCCAGCACCCCGGCCCCGAGUCGCCCAUCUUCCUGCCGGGGGACGGGCCGUGGGGGUGGGCGCUGGCCAAGCUGUGGGUGCGGGGCGCCCACUUCACCCUGCACGAGGCCGUCACCCACCUGCUGCACACCCACUUCUUGGGGGAGACCUUCGCCCUGGCCACCCACCGCUGCCCGCCUGCCACCCCCAUCCACCAGCUCCUGCUGCCCCACUGCCGCUUCACCUUCCACAUCAACAUUUUGGCCCGGGAGGCCCUGCUCAGCCCUGGGGGGUUCAUCGACCAGGCCACGGCCGUGGGGCGGGAGGGGACGCUGGAGCUGGUGGCCCGGGGGACGGCGGCGCUGACCUACAGGGAGCUGUGUGUCCCCGAUGACCUGGAGCACCGCGGCGUCACCGACAUCCCCAACUACCACUACCGCGAUGAUGCCCUGGAGAUCUGGGGGGCCAUCGAGAGCCUAGUGGAGGGGAUCGUGGCUCUCUACUACCCCGAGGACAGUGACGUGGCCGAGGACUACGAGCUCCAGGACUGGGUGGGCGAGAUCUUCACCUAUGCUGUCCUGGGCAAUGAGAAGACAGGUUUCCCCUCGAAGCUCUGCAGCCGCCCCGAGCUGGUGAAGUUCGUCACCAUGAUCAUCUUCUGCUGCUCCGCCCGGCACGCCGCCGUCAACAGCGGCCAGUACGACUACGCCGCCUGGAUGCCCAACACGCCGGGAACGCUGCGACGUCCGCCGCCGCGGAGGAAGGAGGAGGCCACCGCCGAGCUGCUGUUGGGGACCCUCCCGUCCCCCGACGCCACCGGCGCCCUCCUGGCCCUGCUCAGCGUCGUCAGCUACGAGGGCGGAGAGCCGCGGCCGCUGGGCUCCCGUUCCCAGGAGCCCCUCAGUGGGGCAGCCCCACGGCGGCUCUUGGUCUCCUUCCGGCGCUGCUUGGCCGCCAUCUCCCACCGCAUCCGGCAGCGCAACGAGGGGCUGGCGUUGCCCUACCCCUACCUCGACCCCGCCUGCGUCCAGGAGAGCGUCGCCAUCUGA